CAAAUUCAUUCUUCUUUUUUAAUCUCGGUUUUUUUGCCAAUUGGGAUGAAACUCCUUCCUUGGCUGGUCGUGCUGCUGUUGGCCAUCACCGCGGCAGCCGGCGGUCGCUGCGCAUCUGCCGAGUAUGUCGAGCAGCGUCCUGGCUACCACUUUACCCCACAGGAGGGCUGGAUGAACGAUCCGAACGGACCCAUGUACAUCAACGGCUUCUAUCACUUGUUCUACCAAUGCAACCCGUUCAAUCCGUGGUGGUACGAGAUCCACUGGUGCCAUGCGAUCUCGACCGACGCGCUGCAUUGGACGUACCUUCCAUUCAUCCUGGCGCCCGAUCACGAUUACGACGCGUAUGGAGUAUACUCGGGCAGCACGACCAUCCAAGACAAUGGCGUCCCAGUCAUCGUCUACACUGGCGUUUCGAUGAAUCUGACGCAAACUCAGUGCGUCGCAUACCCCGCCAACAUGUCCGAUCCUUACUUGACCAACUGGACGAAAUCGGCCAACAAUCCCAUCAUUACCACGAGCGGAUUGCCGACCGACAUUGAUCCCAAAAACUUCCGCGACCCGACCACGGCGUGGAUGGCGAACGGGCAGUGGAAUCUUCUGGUCAGCGGCGGCAUCAUCUACCCGAACGACCGCGAGGGCUCAAUCCUGCUCUUCACCUCGCCGCCGUCCAGCAGCUUGUCGGAAUGGAAGUUUAACAAGAUUCUGUACACCAACAACGACUCGGGCGGCAUGUGGAACUGCCCGGACUUUUUCCAGAUCGAUCGCUCUGACCCGAACUCGCUGUGGAUGCUCAAAGGCUCCAUCUUUGGCGCCUACGACGCCUGGUCCACCUUGAAGUACAACCAAGCGCAGCAAGUGGUGGAGCUCGUCAGCCCCUCGAUGGGCGGUGGCCAGUUCCAGUACAUUGAUAUCGGCCCGUCCUACUAUGCCUCCAAGUCCUUCUUUGAUCCCAACAUUGGCAAGCAGGUCCUGAUUGGCUGGCUGCAAGAGGAGGAGAAUACCACGUACUCUCAGGCUCGCGGAUGGGUUGGUGCAUACACUCUCCCGCGCGUGGUCUCGCUGGACACGGACAACGUUUCUGUCGUGUUUACGCCGCAUCCCAACGUGGUCUCUUUGCGCGACGACAACUUUAACGCCACUUGCAUUUCGCUCAUUCCAGGAUUCCCUUCUCGCAUCCCACUGAUUAGCGACCAGCUGGAGCUCAUCUUCCGCCUGCAGCUCCCGUAUCCGCUCUCGUCAGACAGCAUCAAGCGAACACGGCCCUCGAGCAAACUCCUGGAGCGCUACAAUAUCGUUGCUCCCGACGACACCCUUGUUUACGGCCUCAACGUGCGUGCGUCGAACGAGGACGAAGAGUUUACGCCAAUGUUCUUUGCCAUCGAUCCCUCUGGUCUUUCGGAAGAGGCGGUGCGCCUUGCCGACCCCAACGACCCCUUCAUUGCCACCUUUGCCAUCACUCGGCUCAACAGCUCGCAGGCGCAGCACGGCAGCAACACGACCAUCUAUGGCAACUUUAAAGUCACUCGCCCGCAGACGCAUCUGAUUGAAUUUGACAUGCACGUCUUCAUCGAUCACUCUGUCAUCGAGGCAUACGUGCAAGGCGGUCGCCUGUGUGCCUCCGCCCGAGUGUACCCGUCCCGCGAAGACUCCAUGUUUGUUGAAAUCUUUUCCGACCAAGCCGUCGUUGGCGAGAUUGUGAGUCUCAGUUCGUGGCGCAUGCUGGACUCGAUGCCCCCGUCCGGUCCCUAACCGCGGGAGCUUUCUUUUUGAACGCAAUUCAUUUUGAAUGUGCGGUGGGGAAGUAACUCGCUGCUUUGCGCUUCAUUUGGAGAAGUUGUUGAGUUGUGGUUGUACAGUUUGAUCUCUUGUUUUUGUUCCCAUUUUGUUGAUUUGGUUUGUUGUUUGGAAUAUCACUCUUCUU